UUGGUGUUGCGUUUCUUCGAUAUUCUUAAUAAACCGGUCUCGUCUGUUUUGAAGAAUGGCUAGUUCAAAGAGAGUUUUCCACAAAAUUCAGGAACUAAAUAAAUGCACUGAAGGUGCCCGUUUCAUCGUUAAUCGAAAUCCACGUAACCUAGAGCGGUUGCGUGUAGCCUAUAGAAACGAUGGAUACCAUCUCGAGAAACCUGGUCGCAACUAUUGGCAUAAAUUGGAGUUAACUUCCAGCAAUAAAUACGUGACAGCAAAGGUGAAUCACUUCCAGAACGGAACGGUCGUUGAAUCCAGUACAUCUGAAUGGGCAAUCAAGCAGCACCUAUUCAAAGGAAACGAUACAUCGGCUUACAUAAAUCUAGCUAAGAUUUUUGCCAUCCGCUGCAUGGAAGCAGGCCUGACCGAAAUGCGAUGUGAUCUGCAACCGAAACCGGAAGGAAAGGUGGAUAAAUUUCUUAAAACGUUGACUGAAAGUGGAAUCAGGCUACAGGAAGCAGACCGGAUAAAACCAAUUCAACCUUGGGAUAUGGAGCGCUUCGAGAAACCAUGGGAAGUGACAGAAUAAAAUUAUUAGUCAUUGUUGCUUGUUGCCUACAUUUUAUUAGUCGUAUUAAACAGAUAGG